AUGAAGAGCGGCUGGUCGACGGCGUCCUCGUCGAAAGAACACGAAGUGGAAAAAGAACUACACGACCAACAACUCCACCCUGCUGGUGAAGAAGACCAUGAAAACCAUGGCCGCGCGAGCUUUGACUCGGCGCACCACGAUGAGAAUUUUCCCGGCGCACGAACGAAUGCGUCUUCGCACCUCGGGGACCCGGACUGGGAUUUUUUAGACGAGCAAUUUGUGCUAGUGUCCUCCGGAAAACAUAUCAAUUCGUCCUCGACUUCCUGUUCUCACUCUCAAGGCGCACCACCUCCAGGUUUCCACACGGGCAGAUCCUCCGCCAGCCACCAUAAUACCUCGGACGAGGAGGAGUUUUUUUACAGCGGGAGUGGAGGUCCUCACAGCAGGAACA